AUGCCUGCUCAGUUCACGUGUGCUUGGUGUGCUGGUGAUCAUCGUCAGGAAUCUACGAGCAAAAACUGUCGUGUCGACGAACCACGUGCUAGCGAAAGAAGUAGCUGGAGUUGGACGACAUUCAUCGACUGGCGACAAGUGUGCUGUAUAUCGUCGUGGCGAGAACUGAAACGUAGCGCCGAAAUGCAAGGUUGCUGCUGUUGUGCACCAUGCAAACCAAGAUAUCGUCGUCUGGUGGAUUCGAUUUAUCCACGUGCGAUUACCGAUGGGCUCAUUUCGUCAAAUAUGCAAAAGCUCAUCUUCUACGCGAUUUCUCAUCCGGAGAAACUCGAACGAAUUGGCGAGUACUUGGUUUUACGUAUGAGCAGAGAUCUUGGACGAAUGCGAUUGGUUCAGGUUAAAAUUGCUGUCGAAGCGAUGGAUCAGUUGCUGCAGUCCUGCCAUAGCUCGCCCAGGCUUGCAAAAUUUAGGCGCGGAAUCACUGAAGAUGGUGCAAAAACUGCUGGAGUCGAAUAA